AUGAGUACAGACCCUGACUACGAUGUGGAUGCCGAGGAAGAAAUCUCCUUUGGCAUCUCACUUGCACCCAAAGGCGAAGAGGGGAAUGAAUUUCGCACGCAAAAUGAUCCACUAGAUCCGUAUCAGCGCGAGAAUAUCAUCGAACGCAAGGGCGCCGUGGACAUUCGCUGCUCCAGUGUCGACGUCGUCCACGGACUAUUCGAUCCCGAGGGCGAUGCUUUGUGUACUUUAAUUGUUCUCGAAUUUCGAUUUGACCCAAGAAAACGAGCGCGGCGCAUCGCACAUGUCGAUAUUGAGCUGAGGUUCUCUGCCAGUGGGCAUGGUGUAGCCGACCCUCACGUCUACGCCAUCGCGCCCAACGGCAACAUGAAAUUCGCUCAAACGACACAGACCGAGACGACAACUACCGGAGGUGACCUGACCCUCGGCGCAGGCGCAGCUGGAGUUGAAUUGGGAAGCGGUCUGAAGUAUGAACGUGAGGUCGCAAGAGAAAUGAGCUACGCAGCAUCCGUCACAGGAUCCAUCGAUUUGCGCGGGAGAAACUAUGGCAAGCCAAACUGCGCGUCUUGGACACUGUUGGAAAACCCUGAGACAAAGACUGGCGUGCCUGUCUCUAUGAGAACCGCGAUCCUUCUAAAGAGGAGAGACGAGGGGCGGUUCCAGUGCGUGGUGACUGUCAACGCCAAAGCAGACUGGAGAACGUCGAUGGAAUGGCUUGUCGGUACGACAAAGCGGGAUGAUCCGGUGCUACUUGACCCUACGCUGGGUCCCACAAGUGAUAGGUAUAAGGACAUGGAGAUGAAGCUUGGGGAACUUGAUCUCAAUGCUAUCUGCGAUAUCACCUCGGCCAACAUUAUCGAGAACUCUGCGCACGCUUGUGUCGACAUGGAGAAACCCGAAAAGUCGCUCGAUGCCGCCGGGACAUCAAGCAAUACCAUGGACAACGAUUCUUCGGCUGCUGACUUGGGUCUCUCGAUUGACAUGACCAAAGAAUAUGAGGCAAGCGCAAAGAAAUUCGACAUUGUAGCAAUCCAUGGCCUCGGAGGCCAGGGAGGCAAGCAAUGGAGCUCAAACAAGACCAACACCUGGAUUCAGGGCUUGGCAGCCCAGAUGCACUGGGAAGUCCGCAUUAUUCAGUAUACCCAUGAGCCCACAAAUAUCAUAGAAGCUACAUAUUCCGAGGAGGCUAUUUCCUCUGAGGCCUCUAAGCUUCUUCAAAAGCUUCAUGAGUUGAGGAGUGACCAACAUCCUCCGUUACCAAUAGCGUUCUUUGUACACGAUAUAGGAGGAAUUAUCGCCAAAAAGGCUUUGAUACUAGCUAGUCGAUACGACAGUGAACAUGCUGAUAUUAACUAUUCAACAAAACUUCUGAUGUUCUUCGGCUGUCCGCACAGAAACCGGGGUACACACCAAGAUAUCGAGGUUCUUGCCACCAAGCUCGACGUGUUGAAACCAGCAGACUCAGCGGCGACUAGCCUGAACAUGAAAUGUCUUGCAAGAUCAAUCAUUGACAUAAACGGUUCUUUCUUGAAUACCAGAGUCUUAAUGCGCGCCAACGUUAUCAACAUCAUCUCAUCAAAGAAAGACCCCGGAGAAAGGAUCUUUGACAAUUAUACGACAACACUUGGAGUUCCCAUGGAGAAGGUUUCGCUCAUUGACAAGCCUCAUAAGGAGUUGAAUCAAGAACCUGGAGGGGAAAUCUGGCACACUCUCUAUGGAGGCUAUCAAACUAAGAGGGUUUCAACAUUUCCCUGGCAAGACGAUAGACUAUCGGAUGCUACGGAAGCCAUUAUGUCACAGGCAGCUCCGAUCUACCCCCUCAGCUCCAACACCGGCCAUAAAUUCGACUGGCUGGAUGAGCACGAUACAGUGCUACAAUGGCGCAAGUCUUGGGGCCUUGCUCUUUUGCAUAUCCACGGCACCCUUGGCAUCUCUGAGGCGGCUCAGCAUGUAUAUCAAAGCGUGGUGGAAGCUGGAAAGAGCACAGUUUUCCGAGCCAUUCUCUACUUCAAGUUCGACAAGUAUGACAUCCGCCGGAAUUCUAUCGGGGCCAUGGCCAACUCCUUUUUGCUCCAGAUUCUCAGUCAGAUAAGAGAAUCGCCAAAUGAUGUGAUGCCGGAUAUAGAACCACCCGAUUUCUCUGAUUGCUGGACUGAUAAAGAUGCUCUCUUCUUUCUGGAAAAGCUCAUGAGAGAUGUAUCAACCACCGGCCAUAUUCACUGGAUCAUUGAUGGGCUCGAUCAAUGUGAUGACACCAGCAGUUGGUUCUUUUCGAUGGUGUCGGACAUGGUCAAGAAUUCUGAGCAGCAUUUCAAAAUCCUUGUAACAACCGUUGAUGACAAUCAGAUUCGCGAGGCUCUAUCGGAGUUUCCUUCGAUUGACUUGAGAGAGCACCCGCCGACAGCUGAUAUUAUCGAGAGCUCUGCGCUCGAAUUCAUGACGGAGUUGGGCUAUGUGCGGCCUCAAUAUCGCCAUGUUGAGCAAGAUAUACGACAAUUGUUAAAUUCCUGCGGUGAUUAUGACUUGCUACGCCGCCUUCUUUUCGAAUGGCUCGUGGUGGCACCUUGUCCAUCGACCAAAUCAGCCCUAGAGCGGGAGCUCAAAUCACUCUCCCCUCUCUCGCCGGCCAAGAUAUUCGAAAAGUGUUUGGAUGCUGUGCCUGAGAGGUCACGGCCGUGGGCUCGAAAGGUCUUGAUGUGGAUGUUGCUGUCUUUUCGACCAUUGACCACUGAUGAACUGGGAAGUGCACUGAGUCUCGAAGCCUCGAUGGAUUCCGUGCCUGAGAAGGAGACAUAUGAGGACCUCAUGUGGGAUAUUAAAAGUUGCUUGGGCCCUUUAAUAUUCCUAGAGAAUGGUCAAGUCCAUUUUAGCCAUCCAGCUGCUCGAGACCUUUUGGCGAUUAGCAAUGCCGCCUCUGAAAAAGAGCGUCCUUGGUACGCUUGGAAUUCUUUGGAAGAAGGCCACCGAGAGAUCACUGAGGCUUGUGCUAACUAUCUUACCUUGUCCUCUACCCAAGACAAGAUCCUAGCUGCUUGCCGAACAUGUCCUGUUGAUCAACAAAUAUUCGAAAACGCUUCAGACAUUACAUCCUAUGCUCUAGAAUUCUGGCCAUUCCACUAUCGACGAGGGUAUUCAUCAGUACCUCCAAAGCUAAAAUCUGCUAGUGUCGAAAGCCUCUUCAACGAUGAGACGGCACUCCAGCGUUGGGCCGCAGCCAGAUGGUAUCUUUCAAAUCCUCACAUCAGGUCGGACCGACUCUACCUGUCAAAUUUGCCAAUUCUGGCCUCUAUAGGCGACAAAGACCUAUUGGAAGCCUGCAUGGAGUCUCAAGAACCAGACGAACGCGAUAUCUACCAGGCACUUGUUGAAGCAUCGAGGUGCGGACAAAACGAUGCUGUCGAUUUUCUAUUGCAGGAAUUGAGCGCAAACGAAAAUGUUUGUCUCGAUGCCAUCACUGCAGCGGCACGGUCGGCCGAAUGUCAAACAUUGGACAUCUUACUAGCAUAUGUAACGAAGAAGUUGCAUAUAACUAAGUGGCCUAGUAUACUGACAUCUCGGCUUGCCUAUCUCGGUUCAUCUGAGCACUUAAAGACUAUUUUACAAGCUGGAGCGGACGCGAACUCGACAGAUCCAGAUUGUUCUCCCCCUCUUCACUGUGCUAUCAUCAGAGACGACACUGCAGCUUUCGACACCCUCAUAGAGCACGGAGCUGACCCCGCUGUUAUCAACUCCAACUGGGUAGACACGCCAUCGAUUGUUGUGGCUGCUAAGUAUGGCCGAGCGAAGAUCAUAGACAGGCUAGCCAAAACAACACUCGUUGACGCCCAGGACAAGAAGGGCAGGACCGCUCUAUGGUAUGCGGGAGGCAGAGGACAUCAUGCAGUGUUUCAAGCCCUCGUCAAAGCUGGAGCGAACACAGAAGUCCUCACUGCUAAUGUAAGGGAACUUCGACCUGCCCUGAUUCCCAUCUCAGGAGCUCCCUAUCCACAGUGUCUCAAGUCAGUGCUUGAUGCUGGCUUGGAUAUUAAUUCAAAGUUGAGAGAGGCUCGCUCAUUCCAUGCAUUGGGCAUAGCGGCACGAUCAGGCCACGUUGAGAUUUGCCGUAUGCUGCUUGACCACGGCACGUGUAAAGAGUUUGAUGACGAUUCUGCUCUUAUCCACGCUGCAAGAGCGAAUAAUAUUGAGAUUGUGAACAUGCUGCUUAAAGAGGGUCACAAAGUCGAUGUGCGGCUAGACGAUUCCCCAUAUCAUGGCACGCCGCUCGUGGCGGCUGCCAGAGCAGGCUAUAAAGACAUAGUUACAGCCCUCCUGGAGAAAGGAGCCAGCGUCAACUACGCUGCUCCUAAAGACAUCACGCCUUUGAUGUCCGCCGUCCUGGGAAAUCAACCGACAAUAGCCAGGACGUUCAUUGAUGCUGGGGCGGAUAUGAAUGCUGUUAGCGGCGCCAACAACAAGUGGAACGCAACCCACUUUUCGUACGAUCUGCUGGACUGUAUGAAGGUUCUUGUCGAUGCUGGAGCCGAUAUAAACGCACCCAGUCCCGACGGCACGCCAUUCUACCUGGCCGCGUAUUUCAACCAGCCAAAGGUGGUUGAGUUGCUUCUUGAACACAAGCCAGAUCUUGAAACCAGGUGUCCAGACGGGGGCUUUACGGACGCGGGCUAUACGCCGCUUCAUUGUGCAGCAUCUUGCGGCUACAAUGAAUUACUCCGGCUUUUGUUGGAACGGGGUGCUGAUAUUGAGGCGAAGACUCCAAAAGGUGGAACGCCUCUGAUCCUAGCCGUGGCCACUAACAAUGAAGAGAGUGUGAAGAUCCUGCUGGAGUACAAGUUGGACAUAGAUUUAUAUUUAAUACUGCUUUACCUUGGGUAUUUAAUAUUUUUUUAA